CAAAAAUAUGACUUAGCUAUUCACAGAUGCAAAAGCACUUCCUUCUCUGUAGUGAGUACUCUUUAAUACUUGAGGUUCACAGGACUCUUUUUGAUGAAAACAAAGCAAAGAAGACUCUGUCUUUGAAUCAAAGCUGGUCAAGAAUUUUGUUCUUAGUUAUUGUCCAGCCAGCUAGAAAGUUCAAAUUACUGGUACUUGCUUUGCCGAUGGUUCUGUUAGUAAGACUKGGCUUUCUGCAAUUUAGAGCUGUAUUUUUCUCCUGCAGUAGACAUAUUGUAUUUGUAGCUCUUAAUAUACAAAAUGAAGCAUCAGUUCAUGUUAGACCAACAACAAGCAGAUCAAGCAUGGAUCUGUUCAGGAAGAAAAUUAAUGCGUCCUUGGACUCCUGAAGGAAGAGCCUUCCUGAUGGGACCACUUUCAAGAGUGGAGUGAAAAGCGGAUUCGCAAAGUUCCAGCAUUGACGCUUUCAAGGAAUUUAUGUGCUGAUGGAGAUGGAAAAAGAUGAAAGAAAGGCUGAUUUCCUGGAGAAAGGUGAAGAAGACAAUUUUUUAUUGGAACUUUAUUACCUUGGAACCAUGUUCUGAGUGCUCCUCCUAGACGUCUUUCAUAAAUGUUCUUUAUAUCAACAGAGCGAUAUGAUUGAAAUUUUUUUCAUCAAACAAUAUUUGCUGGAAGAAACCUGCUUUGAAAUUUUCAGUUUGUGAAAAAAAAAGCUAUAGACUUCUACAUGGUAUUUAUUAAUUCUGCAUCUCAGUUGAGCUAAAGCAAUCUAGUCUUUGAAGUGAAUAGAAACAGAGCCCUCUUGGAUACUCUUAUUGAACAUGACUCAUGGAGAAGAGCUUGGCUCUGAGAUGCACCAGGAUUCUGUUGUUCUAACUUACCUAGAGGGAUUACUAAUGCAUCAAGCAGCAGGAGGCUCAGGUACUGCCGUCGACAAAAAGUCCACUGGGCAUAGUGGAGAGGAUCCAAACUUUAAGCUCUCUGGAAAUAUAUUUCCCAGCUGUCAAAGUAAUGGUCAAGUUCUUAACACAAAUACAUAUCAGGGAUCUGGCAUGCUGCAUCUCAAAAAAGCCAGACUGUUGCAGUCUUCUGAAGACUGGAACGCAGCGAAGAGAAGGCGGUUGUCUGAUUCCAUUGUGGAUUUAAAUGGGAAGAAGGAAGCUUUAUUAGCUGGCAUGGUUGAAAAUGUGCCUAAAGGCAAACAGGAUAGCACAUUACUUGCCUCUUUGCUUCAAUCAUUCAGCUCUAGGCUGCAGAGCGUUGCUCUGUCACAACAGAUUAGGCAGAGUCUUAAGGAGCAAGGGUAUUCCCUUAGCCAUGAUUCGUUACAAGUGGAGAAGGACCUAAGGUGCUAUGGAGUUGCAUCCAGUCACCUGAAGACUCUACUGAAGAAGAGCAAAGCGAAAGACCAGAAGCUGGACAGCAGCCUACCCGAUAUAACCAAGAACCUGCCCAAAGAGAGGUUUAUAGAAUCUCCCCAUGCAGUGCAGAGCAGCCCUAAAGUGGUCAGUGAGCCACUGUCGUGUGCUGCAAGAUUACAAGCUGUUGCAAGCAUGGUGGAGAAACGAUCCAGUCCUGCAGCUUCACCCAAGCCCAGCGUGGCGUGCAGCCAGCUAGCUUUGCUGCUCUCCAGUGAAGCUCAUUUGCAGCAGUACUCCAGGGAACAUGCUUUAAAAGCACAAAACGCAAAUCAAAUAGCAAGUGAGAGACUCGCAGCUAUGGCCAGGUUACAAGAAAGUGCCAAGAAAGACGUUGGCCAGUUUGGUGUAUCGAAAGGAGUGACAAGCCAUCUCAAUGGUCAAACAAGAUCAUCAACCAAAACGGUGUCUAGCAAAAGCAAUAUGCCACCAUUUCAGAGCUCAGCAGGAAUCAUGCCCUCGCCUCCCAAAGCGGUGGGAUACAAAAGUACUUUGGAAAGAAGUAACUUGAAAACCUCUCCCAGCAACAGCUUGCUCUUGCAUCUCCUGAAAAGCCAGAACACCACCAAACAAGCCAGAGGGCACGAACCCACUGAGAGAGCCAGCAUUUUUGAGGACAGCAGCACGCCAACAACUGUUGAUGAGUAUUCAGACAACAAUCCUAGUUUYACAGAAGAUGACAGCAGUGACGAUGAAAGCUCCCAUUCUAACUGUCUUCCUAUAGACUUAUCCUUUAAGCAGAGGACAGACAAACCGGAUGCGGGUCCAUCUGCAUCUCUGGAUAACCUGACUCAAUCCUUGCUUCAUAACUGGGAUCCAAAAAUUCCUUGUCCAGAGAACAAGGAAGACAAAGACACUCCGAAGGCUUCUAAGUUGAAUCCCCAUCAGAAAGUAACCCUGCUUCAGUUGUUACUUGGACAUAAGAGCGAGGAAAAGGUGGACAAAUGUAAUGACCCUCAGGGACCACACAGUGCAGCUGAUGUGGCAAAAUUCACUGUACAGACUGGUAAAAGGACUCCUGUUACUGACAGUCCCAGUGCGAACCGCGUGACUCCAUUAAGCACUCCACCUCUGCUGGCUUCCACAAAAGCAGACUCUCCCAUCAAUCUCUCGCAUCAGUCGUUUCUAGCCAUGAAGCGCAGCUCGCCACCCUACGCCUGCAGCCUCCCGCCAGAGAGGCUGGCGAAUCCCGCCUCUAAGCAUUUGAUAGACCUCUCCAAAAGCAAAGAAAUUCAGGGGGCUAAGCUGAGCAGAAACGAGAGCCCCCAGAACGCCUCGGCUUUCAGCGCCAGCAAGCUGCUGCAGAACCUUGCGCAGUGCGGCAUGCAGACGGCCAUGGCCAGCGAGGAGCAAAGAAGCAGCAAGCAGCUGCUCGCUGGGAGCACGGAGAAACCCGUGGGCCUCAUUGACAGRCUGAACAGCCCGCUGCUUCCCAAUAAAUUGAGCACGCAGGAAGAAAACAGCAAAAUAUUCGGCUGUCAGCCUGCACCCCCUGAACAAGGGCUCCCCGGUUCAGAAAUAGAAAAUCUCCUUGAAAGGCGCACUGUCCUUCAGCUGCUUCUGGGCACUCCGAAUAAAGGAAAGAGCGAAAAGAAAGAGAAGAUGCUUUUAAAAGACGGAAGUUCUCAAGAACCGGUGGAUAAGGCUCUGAGUGAACAAAUAUUGACAGUGAAAAUAAAAAGUGAACCUCCUGAAGAAUCAAAUGUUCCUUACAACUCGAAUGCACAGCAAAUACAAGAGUGCAAAGGUAACAAAUUUCAAGGAUUUGUUCAUUCGCUGCAGAGAAGCACGGCUGCCUCUCCAGCAUCUCCAGACUUGAAAUCUGAGCCUCUUUCACCUCAAGAUUUCUCUUUUUCCAAAAACGGCCUGCUAAGUAGAUUGCUGAGACAGAACCAGGAUAGUUACCCCGCGGAGGAGCUGGACAGAAGUCACCGAAACAGCGAGCUGACGCAUCUCGAAUCAAAGAGUCUUUGCACCGUACCGAAGAAGAGGAAGCUUCAUGCGGAGCCUUCGGAAAGUCCAUUAAAAAAGAUGAAAAGUAAUGUGUCUGAUGCUGCUGGCAACCACGUUUCUGCUGCAGAAGCGCUCUAUGGGCCUUUGCUUAACCAGCAAGAGCUGAAAUUCAACAGAAGUGAUACUGAAUUUAAGUAUGCUGUAGGUCACGGUUCAAGUAGCGAAAGUGAAAAUAGGAGCUGGUCUAGAGAUAGUAAAGGCUUUAAUGUGUUGAAACAGCUGCUUCUGUCAGAAAACUGUGAGAGAGAUGUGUCACAACAUAGGAAUAACAUACUGACUGAGGGCAAGAAAAAAGGCAGCAAAAGCAAUGCAACGGUUAAUAAACCUGAGUUCAGCAUUUCUGCCGUGAACUCGCUGAUGGGAAGUCCUGUGCAGCAGAGCAAUUGUGUAGAUCACAGAACAUUUCAGUAUCCGGUAGCAGUAAAAAGUCCUGCCAGUUCCCCCUUCCCUGAGCAUUUGGGGAGUACCGUGUCUAGACCUGAAUCUGAGCAGUUCGGUUUGUGUCCCGUGCCCAGUGAAAAAGGACCCAUCAGAUGGGUCAUCACAGGCGUGGACAAGAACGAUUACGAGAAAGAAUCUCCGAGACUGACCAAAACCAACCCAAUAUUGUAUUACAUGUUACAGAAAGGUGGCAACUCUGUCAGUAGCCAAGAAGCACAUGACAAGGACAUUUGGAAUGAGCCUUCGUUUACUGAUAGCACAGCCCGCGUUACAAUCAAAGAGGAGCUAACRUCUGAUGCGGAGCUAAAAAGCCCUUUCAACAGCUUGCGAAGCCCUUACAACAGCCAUAUGGGGCAUAAGGCCUCUCAUCAGCAUGGUGUGAAUGGAGAAGUGCAUGGACUUUUGGAAAAAGUGCUAACAAUCAAAAAAGAGCCAGAAUAAAAUACAACCUCCCAAUGAGUUUACAAUCAGUGGUUUUGAAUCUUUGUUUUAAAAAAAAAAAAGAAAGAAAGAAAAAGAAAAAAAAUGAGUAUGAACUUGAAUACUGUAUAAAUUGAGCAUGAUUUGAGAAGAGCAUGGUCUAAUUGAAACGUUUUCAUUUGAUAAACUUCUUAUUUUUCUGGUGAUGUUAUUUAAAACACAUGUAGAUAAAAAUUGCUUUAUAAUAGAUUGUCACAAGGAAACUAGAAAGGUUGUAAUUUGUACGAAACAUUUCUGUAUGCAUCUGAUUAAGUUAUGAGCACUCUUGGAUCAGAGUCUUACUUGGAUCUGCAAGUCCUUGGCAUAACAUAAAGUAUCAGUGUACAGCCUAGGUGGUGGUAAUGCUGCGUUUCCUCCCUCCUCUGUAAAAUAAUCCUUUUUUUUUUUUUUUUUUGGGAAGCCUAAGCAUAGAGACAGUGUACUUUUUUUGAAUAUUUAAUAUGUUUUGUGAAAUUUUAAGAAUAACUUUUAAGAAAUGGAGCAGUCCGUCCAAGGUAUUAGCUCAUCAUAUUAGCAAACCUGUGUCAGUGUUAAUAACUGAAGUGCACUGAAAUGUAAUUUUUAGUGCUUCCAAAUUUUUAUUGUUAUUUUUAAAUCCUGUUUGUGGUCCUUCCAGAAUAGUGGUGUAACAUCUACUUUUUUUCUUCCUCCUCCCUUUGAGAAAUGCCCUCCUCACGAUCCUUAGCUGGAGUUAUAAGUUCUUAGUUAUGAGUAAAAUUUUUCCUAGAUUUUUCUAUUAACAGUAGAUUUUCAUGUACUCUGCAAGUACUGCAUGAGUCUUCUGUUGGCGCAUUCCUGUCCUUUCCCAGCUUACAAGGGGAACGUCAGAAUAUCUCUUGGAGCACUGAAAAAGCCUGUCAUUGAUUUAGUGAGGAAAACAGUGGACAGUUGUGAAUGGGAUAACGCGAGUUGUUUGCUUAGGACCACCUUGCUUCCUUUACCAAAGAGCAUCAGCUGCACUGAAGCGCCACAUCUGACUUCCACUUGACUACAGACUUGGGUUUCACUGAAAAACGAGUUGGCUUCUCUCUACAACAAGGGGAAAGAAUCCAUUUUCUGCCAAUAUUUAUUACUUUAAUGCACUAUCCUCUAGUAGCAGAAAAAAACUGCUUUUAGAAUAAUUUUUCUUUGAGGAUAAAAUUGUAGUUUUUUCAUGUUCUGUAAUGGGUAGUGGGAUAUGUCUCAGAAAUGCCCCUGUGCCCUUUUCCUUGAUCCCCACCUGCGCUGUGAUUUGUAACAUCUGGCAGUAUCAGCCGAGUUGGAAGUAACUGAAUAUUCCAAUGAAAGCUGAGGCACCGUGAAAGAACUGCUGAGUGGGGAGAGCCUCGGAGCUCCGCUUUCCCCGGAGCCUGGGUUAGCUCCACACGGAGGCAGCCCGCAGUUCUCCCGGGGCAGGCAGAAAACAGAAUCAAGCUCCUCUAAAUUAUAUGCGUUAUUAGUAACUGUAAGUUUUGCUGCAUUUUGAUUUACCCACGACACAGAGGUUCUGUGCCGUGUCAGACUGAACCAAUAAUUGCCACUGUUACCAGAAAGCAGUUCAGCAUUUGGCCCGUGCAAAUGCAUCUCUCUCUCUCUUUUUUUUUU